AUGCCUUCAAUACAAGCAGCACCGGCUUCUUUGGAUCGCGCUCGGAAUCAGAGGAACCGACCUGUAUUCCUUCGUGAUAUAUUCAUCAUCCGUCUCAUCAAUGCUUGGUGGAUCGCCACCUUUUUUCAGCCUGAUGAGUUCUUUCAGUCUCUUGAGCCGGCGUGGGAUUUGGCUUUUGGUCCACGGAGUGGUGCUUGGCUGACAUGGGAAUGGCAACAUCAACUUCGAUCCUCCCUCCACCCCGCCCUCUUCGCUGGCGCAUACCUCGCCGCCGACUUCAUCGCCAGCCAUGUCCUCCCUAUGGGCAUCCUCCGAGCCGCCAUUCUAGUUGCAGCUCCUCGGACUCUCCAGGCUGGCAUCGCCGCCCUCGGUGAUUGGUACACUUGGCAACUCGCUGUGUCCAUCUACGGCGCCAACAGCAACCUCUUUCUUCAGCUCUUUAAUCCCUGGCAAUGGUACUGCUCCACCCGUACCUUUUCAAACUCCCUCGAGAUGACACUCACUGUCAUGGCUCUGUACUACUGGCCCUGGGAGCUCCUCGGCGCUGCGCAGACGACAAAGGAGAACCCCAAGCCAGCCCCUGUUCUCCGUCACCUCUGGUCUCUCCGCGCAUCUCUCUGUCUUGCCGCCUUUGCUGUUAUCCUCCGUCCGACAAACCUUCUCAUCUGGGCCACUAUUGCGCUGGUCGCUCUCACUAGGAUCUCUCUCCAAGGGUCGUCACCUCUGACGCCCUCUACUGUGCUCGUCCUGCUGCGCGAGGCCAUCUUGUGCGGAUCUCUUGUCCUUGCUAUCUCCAUUACCUCGGACCGCAUCUACUUUGGCUUCUGGACGUUUCCCCCUUACAACUUUCUCUACUUCAACCUCUCCAAGUCCCUCGCGGUUUUCUAUGGCCGGAACCCCUGGCACUACUAUCUCCUUCAGGGGCUCCCCCUUAUCUGCACCACCAGCCUCCCCUUUGCGCUCCUCGCCUUAUACAAACCAGGUGCUCCCGAUACUUCAGCGAGUCAGCUCAACACUCUCAAGACUCUGGCGUAUACCGUCUUCACCACCAUUGGCGCUCUCUCGGUCAUCUCUCACAAGGAGGUCCGCUUCAUCUAUCCCCUCCUCCCAGCGCUUAGCAUUCUCGCUGCUCCAUAUGCCGCUUCCUUCUUCACCUCACAGCCCGCUCCCAUCACCAAAAACCCCCAUCCUCGCCCUCAAAUCCGCAACAAGUCCUAUCUCCUCGCUGCCCUGGGCAUCAACAUCUUCCUUGCCGGCUACCUCUCCUUCCUACACCAGCCUGCUCCUCUCAGCGUCCUCUCGUACCUACGCCAUGAGUAUGAGCGCAUUCAUCCAGACUCGGUAAAGCUCGCUCAAACUACACGCUUCUCCUCGCCCCCAGAUGAAGAGGAGGAGCUCUUUGCCCUCUUCCUCAUGCCUUGCCACUCUACGCCCUGGCGCUCACACCUUGUCUACCCUGGCCUGCGCGCCUACGCCCUCACAUGCGAACCCCCAUUGCAUACUCAGCCGAAUACCCCUGAACGAGAAAACUACCGCGACGAGGCCGAUCGCUUUUACGACAACCCCAUUCCUUUCCUCACAACAGAAUUAUUCAGCCCGGUCCUGCCCCUCCCAGUGCCUCGCUACAUUGUCGGUUUUGAGGGUAUCGAGCCUUGGCUAGAUGAGUUUAUCAAAACACCAGAGGCACAGACUCUCGGCUUGUCCAAGAUUCGUCAAGUUUGGGGGGGCUUCAACGGCUUCUUCAAUGAGGAUUGGCGACGUGCAGGCAAGAUGAUUGUCUGGGACACGGGAGUAUAUGACAACGCGCCACCUGAAAAGGCGUAA